UCUUUUUCUAUCAAUUAUCUGAUCCUGUCCAGUCUAAACGUUUCUCGUUGUGGUUUUAGCCGUCCAUGCGGUUGUCGAAUUUCGUCUGCUUUUAUACAGGUUAGGAUGCUAAAAGUGUAUUGAAUCCAUUCGUAAAAUGCUGUAAUUAUUUCAGAAAUGAGUUCCGAGCUGGGAAAUGAACCUCUGCUUGACCUCGACGAAUUGAGGCGGGAGGUGGAACGGUUAACAGCCGAGUUAACUGAAACAAGCCAACAGAAGGCACAGGCCGCCCAAUUCGGUUUGGUUCUGUUGGAAGAGAAGGAACAGCUUCGAACCCGAAUAGACGAUCUCGAAUUACAAUAUGAAAACGUCAAGCAUGAACUUGACUGCGCGAAAGAGGCGUUGCAAAAAGUCAACAUCUCGCAGAAAAAAGUGACACUAGAUGGCGUUGUGCACGAGGAGAGUCUGCUGCACGAGACGGCCACCAGGGAAGAGUUGCUAUUGGCCAGCAUCAGCGAGCUGGAGGUGGAGCUUCGCUCGUGCCGGCAGACGAUCCAUCGGAGCAGGGUCGAGGUCGAAACGCUGACCUCCGUCAACGCGGAGAUGACUAUUCAGGUGGAGCAGCUGGAGUCUCAGCGACGGUCGCUUCGAGAUGAGCUCAAGGAGUACAAGUCGAUGGAGAACCGGAUGGUCCAGGAUUACUCCGAGUUGGAAGAGGAGAACAUCUCACUGCAGAAGCAAGUGUCGGUCCUCAAGUCCAGCCAGGUGGAGAUGGAGGUUCUGCGGCAUGAGAACCUGCGCUUCCAGGAGGAGGUGGAGCUUCUCAAGGGACAGGUGGAGGAGCUGACGAACCUGAAGCGCAUCGCGGAGAAGAACCUGGAGGAGGCGCUCGAAGCUCUGCAGGAGGAGCGAGACCAGAAGCACAUAUUCAAGCGUGAGCUUGACCAGCACAAGAACUCCGAGACGCUCUUCAACUUCAGUAACCUCGCCUUAACGGCCCUCAAGGCCGGCUCCUCGGAUCCCGACAAUCCCGCCGACCUCUCGUUCGAGGAGGACUUCGAUGCGGGCUCGCCGCUCAAGCGGUACUGCGGGGCGCGUUGUCUGAAGCAAAUGAAUUUCUCAUACCCGACGGAGAGCGAGAACACGCAGCUGGGCGCGUCGCUGCAGGAAUGGCGGGCGAAGGCGGAGCACGCGAGCACCCAGCUGUCGACGCAGCAGGAGAAAACCUGCAACCUCAUGCAGCUGCUCGCCGACAUCCAGCCGAGCGGCGAGCGGCUCCCCCUGGUGGACGACGACGAGGAGGGCGAUGACCUCGACGACCUUGACGACGCCGGGAAGGAGAUCCGUCGGCUGACGCGGCUGAUGCGGCUGACGGAGAAGGAGCGCGCGCUCGCCCGCACGCAGAUCGCGCGGCUCGAGGAGGAGGUGAAGGCGCUGCUGGCGAAGAGCGGCGUCGACGAACACACGAAGGAACAACGCGACGGGUUCGUGAAGGACCUGCAGGACGACUUCACGAUGAUGAAGAACAAGUUGAUCGAGUACGAGGAGAAGGUGCGCUACCUGGAGGAGGACCUGCGCACGAUGGGGGAGGUCGCGGGGGAGACGCAGUCGUGCCUCGAGCGCACCUACGGCGAGCUGUCGUCCGUCAGCGACACGAUCGCGCAGCUCUACCACCACGUGUGCCUCGCAAACGGGGAGGUGCCCAGCCGCGUCGUCCUCGACCACAUACGCGCCAAGGGCGGCCUCCUCGGCAGCCCCACAGAGGGCGCCGCCGUCGGCGCGGUCGUCGAGGACGCCGCCGCCGCCGAGAAUCUCCAGGUUGAAGCCGAGGCGAAGACGGAGGUGAAGACGGAGGGGGAGGAGGCGGCGGCGGCGACGGAGAAGGAGGGGGAGGAGGAGAUGCGCCACCUGGCGGCCGCCGUCGGGCACGCGCUCGACGGCUCGCGGCGGCGUCGCACCGUCGCCGCCGACGACGACCUCCAGGAGCAGAUCCUCAAGCUGAAGGCGCUUCUGUCGACGAAGCGCGAGCAGAUUGCGACGCUGCGCACCGUGCUGAAGGCGAACAAGUCGACGGCCGAGGUCGCGCUCGCCAACCUGAAGGCGAAGUACGAGAACGAGCGCGUCGUCGUCACGGCGACGAUGCUGAAGCUGCGCGGCGAGCUGCGCGCGCUCAAGGAGGACGCGGCGACGUUUGCGUCGCUGCGCGCGAUGUUCGCGUCGCGCUGCGAGGAGUACGUCGCGCAGCUGGACGAGCAGCAGCGCGCGCUCGUCGGCGCCGACGAGGAGAGGAAGACGCUCAACUCGCUGCUGCGCAUGGCGAUACAGCAGAAGCUCGCGCUCACGCAGCGGCUCGAGGACCUCGAGUACGACCGCGAGCAGAGCCACCUGCGGCGGCAGACGCGCCGCGUCGUCGCGGCGACCACGGCGACCUACCUGCGUACCUGUAGCUAUAGGGCUCGCCCAAUCACCGGUCGGGCAGGGGGUCGAGAGGGGUUGUCCGAGGGAGGAACAGUGGACACGGCGGUGGCGGUGGAGGAUAUAGUGGCCAGCGAUUUUACCCUGACCGCGAGCGUCGCCACGGUAAUGACCGCGAGCGUCACCACGGUAGCGACCGCGAGCGUCACCACGGUAGCGACCGCGAGCGUCACCACGGUAACGACCGCGAGCGUCGCUAUGGUAACGACCGCGAGCGUCGCUACGGUAACGACCGCGAGCACAGACCACGCGGACCUGAAUGGAUCUGAUCGCCGGCUGCCGGAGCUGCGGAUAGAGGGCGCCGGUAUCUCGACGCUCAAGCGUCGUUAUUCAACAGACAGGACGAGGCUUGCCGUCGAGAAUCUCUCGACGUACGUUUCUUUCUCAGGGCCGAGCCAUCGUGGUCACAUCCGCGCGUAA